AGCUUACUAAAAUGGCGGACAUUUAGGGAAAUAGGAUUGCAGAAAAUCAAAGUAUUACCCAUAGUUUUCAUCUAGAUAUGCACAUGAUUUUAUCUCACAAAUGCUCAUGGAGAAUAACAUAGUGACAGACUUUGAACGGCUACGAGUGUUCUCAAGUUCCAUUGGCAAAAUGGACGACCUCGUACAUGACCUCAGCCUAGCUCUUGAGGAUGCCGCUAGUCAUAAACGUUCCAAAAGUGACGGGGGACACGGGGCAUCGUCUUCUAGCACACGACGUCUUCCAAGAAAAAGAAAGGGUAGGCGGAAAAGACAUCAGCCGGACUUAGGAAAUAUGAGUGAAGCUUCACAAAGCAGUAUCGAUGAAGCAAUCAAAGACUACAUGGAAAACAUUGCUCAGAGCGACUCAGAUGAUUUAGCUAUUGCUCAUCAUAUAGUUAGACUCACUAUGCCAUUGAACAUAAAUUAUGUUCCCUCUCAGGUGGAGUCAGAUUCGGUCAAUGAGUCAAUGUUUUCACCAAUACGACCGCAGAGACGUAGAAAAAAAUACAAAUCAAUGGCCAUAGAUCCCGAUCCGUCUUCCUCGCAGCAUGACUCACCUGUCCAGCAGGGUAAACCAAAAUACAACAGACAGAGGAGUAAGACUGUUAAACUUCCUCAUUGUAGUAUGGGUACCAGCCCAAUGGAUGGUAGUGGUUUUAUGCAUCAGAUGAAGGAGUCAGGUAUAGAUGAGAUGGUUCCUGGCAAGAGAAAGCGUAGUAUCAGACCUAAAACAGAUUAUGGAACUGGAACAGAUCAGAAUAGGACUGAAGAUUGCUGUAAAGAUGAUGAUGCAAUGGACUCUGCGAUGAACUCACAAGAGGGAAGUAGUUCAACACUGAGCAGCAGUAGUGAGUCAAUAUCAGGCGAUGAAUAUUGUGUAACACAUGAAGCUGAUGAUGAGCAGAGUGACUUCUUCCAUGAGGCGGGACCUGCAUGUGGUAUCCCAGGAGUGAUCCCCUGGUGGGAGAACGAAAGAGUCAAUAGCGGAGAUGAAACCAUGGUUUCAGAUAAACAGUUUCAACAAAUACUCAACGGCAGUUUUCAACACCUUUCUAGAUCUUCACAAAUUGGUUUCAAGGCCAGGAUGUCGCGGAUAAUGAGACAUUGUGGUAGAGAAAUUCGUUUUGGAAGACGUAAAUUGAAAGGCAAGAUACCAGGGUACACUGUACAAAGAUUUAUUCAGGAGAGACAUAAAUGGAACAGUAUUCAAGGUAAAAUCAACUCCUGGUAUACUAGUUCUAACACUAACGGCAACAGCAGCAGUUCAUUGGCAGAUAGUAAACGGCAGAGGAAAACACCACCGCCAUUCACAGAGGCAGAUUUAGCUUUCAUUGGUGCUGAUGCAGACCCAAUUCCUGAAUCAAAUAUUGGCAACCGUAUGUUACAGUCGAUGGGUUGGAGCCCCGGGCAGGGACUUGGAGCAGAUGGUGCUGGCAUCAGAACUCCCGUCAAAGCCUGUCUCCGACCCCGCAGGCAGGGUUUUGGUAGCUCAGAACAGCCAAGCACAAGCUGGGACGGACCGCCAUCUGUAAAUUCUAACACUUUAACUGCUGAGCAGAAACCUGGAAGUAAAGUAGAGCUACACACUGUAAGCUCAGAACAGUGUUUGUAAAAGAAAGGUGUUAGGCCACAAAAUGUUUGUUUUCUUAGGUGCUCAGAUGUCUAAAUGUUCUGAACAUUGUAAUGUUACCAGAUAGAAUCAUAGUUUUUCUAUAUCUGACAGUCUAUUAAAGUGCUUACUUUAACUGGUUUAAUUACUUACAAAAUAGUGAUUGUUUUAAUGUUAAAAUUUGAAAAUGUUAAUUGUUUAAUUUUUCUUCUGUAGAUUUUAUUUAAAUUGAGAAUAUUAGGAAAGUAUUGUUAAUUUGAAAAAAAAAAAAUUGAAAAAAAUUAAAUAAUUCUCUUAUACAGUAGAACUUCAGUCUGUCCAAGGAACUUUUGUAAAAAUUUCGCGACAUCCAGAAGGUGACUCAUUGUCUCAUAUUAACAACAGUAUUUCUAGCUGUUGAUGUUUACAAGUGACUUACAAAAGGUGUAACAAAAGGAAAGGGUGAUAAUUUAAGCAGGAAAUAGCAUGUACAUUAGUAUAUCCUGUGUGAUUAGCACAUGACUCCUGGUCUCAGAAGGUUCAAAACAAAACUAAUUUGUAUAGAGUUGUCAUUGAUUUAGUACCAACCAUAUCAGCGAUAUAUAGAUAUCGGAUGACAGAUAUCAGCGGUACACUGAUAUAUCAAUAAUUACUUUAGAUUUCUUGUCUGUCCUUCACUUUCAUACCUGUUUAAAUGAUUUCCGGGUUAAAAACAUGUUCUUUCCUGUGUCUUGUUUAUAAAAGCCCAUUGCAUGACUUUUUUUCAGACCAUUCUAAUUUUGUCAUGAUUGCUGUGAAAUAUUUCCACUAUAAAACAAUUAACAGCAUAAUGUUAGAUAUGGACACCUGCUUUUGUAUAUGUUUUGGGUUAAAUUGUGUAAUUUCUAGACAUUUAAUUUGUCAAAAUUAUCGAUAUUUUUAAAUGUGUAUCGAUUAUUGAUUGACAGAAAAAUAUCCAUGAUACAUUGAUAUUGUUUCUAUUGAUGACAACUCUAAAUUUGUAUUGUUUAUAUACUACUUCAGCAGUUUGAAUGAUUACAAUUAAAAAAUAUUCUCACACUCUGGGGGGGGGGGGGGGAGUAUUUCAAAGGCCAUUAGAAUUGAUACUUGUCAAACAAGUUGAUGACAAAGAAAAAGUGUGAAAAAUGUCUCGAGAUGGAAGGUGUCCAUAAAUCGGGGGACUGCUUAAUGUUUUAAGAUUUAUUCUAUAUGGACAACAUUAAAACUUUUUACACAUCGAAAAAAAAUCAGCACUUAAAAAUUCAACUGACACUAAGGUUUAAUAAAGACUAUUUUAGGUGAAAAAUUGGGACUUAUAUUUUGCUUCGACACAUCAAGAAAAUCAACGAAUUUGAAUUCCUUUUAUGAAAGUUCUAUUGUAUUUACUGUAAGAGAUGAAGUCAUUGUUUGGUGUAUUGGAUCUAAUUUAAUGAAUUAUAGCAAACAAUAUGUUCUUGUGUUUAACAAAUGAAAACUAUCUUGUGCACCUAAGAAACAAACACAGGUUUUGUAUUUAGCAUAAAAGUGUGAAAUGUAUUUUGAAAUGUUUAAUAAAUUUUUGUGGCCAUGACAAUGUACGGGUUUCAGGGACCAGUUGCAAUCAAGACAUUUGAGCCGCGUCAUGACAAAACCAUCGUAAUGCGUUUGCGACCAUCAUGGAUCCAGACCAGCCUGCGCAUCCGCACAGUCUGAUC